CUUCGAGGAUUCAUGUCCAUAACUGAUCUGUCGUUCGUGCGUUAAUCGCUUCACUUGAUACGGAAGCAACGCACCCACCAAUCUGUCUGUCUGAUUAUUCUGACAUUAAAAAUCUCGACUCCAGUCAACUUCUAGAUCUGUUUGUUUCCGGACUGUAAAAGUCCACCCCCUCACAAUCCAUCGUCUUCUCCGAGCUCACUCUGCACUCUGCACACAAACCACUGUUCUAUCAGAUUACCGAACGGAUUGGUUGGGAUUUCAGAACCAGCGACGGGUGAGAAAAUGCACAGCAGGGGUUCAAGUGCUCGUCUCUCCGGCACCGUUUUCCGAUCUCGGAUUCCGACCCUCUUGGUCUCCAUGUUCGCCACUUUCGCCUCCAUCUAUAUCGCCGGCCGGCUGUGGCAGGAUUCGGAGAGCAGGGUUUAUUUAAUCAAAGAACUUGAUAGGAUUACUGGGCAGGGGCGAUCCGUCAUAUCAGUGGAUGAUACAUUGAAAAUCAUAGCCUGCAGGGAACAACAUAAGAAGUUAUCAGCGCUUGAGAUGGAGUUGACUGUAGCUAGACAAGAGGGUUUUACUUUGGGGCGCUCAACAGAGAUUAAUGGAACUGAUUACAAGAGAAGGCCACUAGUGGUGAUUGGUAUUCUUACAACCUUUGGUCGCAAAAAUAAUAGGGACGCAAUUCGUCAGGCGUGGAUGGGAACAGGUGCUGCCUUGAAAAAAAUGGAGAAUGAGAAGGGAAUAGUUGCUCGAUUUGUUAUUGGACGAAGCGCAAAUCCUGGGGAUAGCUUGGACAGAGCCAUUGACAACGAAAACAGGCAAACUAAGGACUUCAUUAUUCUUGAUAUCCAUGUAGAGGCACCUAAAGAGUUCCCAAAGAAGACUAAAUUGUUCUUCGCUCAUGCUGCUGAAAAAUGGAAUGCUGAGUUUUACUCCAAAGUCAACGACGAUGUUUAUGUAAAUAUUGAUGCUCUGGGAGCUACACUUGCAACUCAUCUAGACAAACCUCGUGUUUAUAUGGGGUGCAUGAAAUCAGGCGAAGUUUUCUCUGAGCCGAGCCAAAAAUGGUAUGAACCAGAAUGGUGGAAGUUUGGGGAUAGAAAAUCAUAUUUCCGCCACGCUUCAGGUGAGAUGUACGUCAUAUCGCAAGCUUUGGCCAAAUUUGUUUCAAUCAAUAGAGGUAUACUCCAUACUUAUGCCCACGAUGAUAUCAGUGUCGGAUCUUGGUUUAUUGGGCUUGAUGUUAAACAUGUAGAUGAAGCCAAGUUUUGUUGCUCCUCUUGGGCGGGAGGAGCUAUUUGUGCCGGUGUUUGAUUUGAUUUGUGUUGGGAUCGCGGAGAAAAUAUCAGUGCAGGGAAAUGGUUCAAAAGAUAUUUUCGCGUCCUUAGCGAUGUUUGCAGCCUACAUGAUGUAGAGCUUUUGAUAUGGUCUCUUGCCCAUCAGAUGAAACUGGAUUUGGCUCACGGCAUGUUGUGCACUGGAGAGCGGGAAGACGGGAUUUCGAACGGUCAUGAUAGUUGUAUAGGUUUAAUUAUACAAUUCGGAGAGAUUAGCAUAGGAUUAGGGUGGCACUUUUGCAGCAGAAGUAGACAUUUCUUCUGUAGUCUUGGAGAACCCCCUAGUUUUUGUGCUGGGUUAUUAUUUUUUGUUCAAAGAAAUAGAAAUUUGUGAUUUCCUUUUCUCGAUUUAAUAAUAAUACGACAUGAUUAGUUU